AUGAAGUUCGAACUUGCUUUGCUUGCCUUGGUCGCUUCGGCCUCUGCCUCUAACAACUUUAAGAGAGCUGACUCUACCACCACCAGCGACGACAGCAGCAGCAGUGAAGUAGAAGACUGUAACUCUGAACCAUGUCAAAUCUACAGAGCCAUUGAAAACGACUGUAAGAAGGACGCUGGCGACGACUUUGCUCAACUUUACACUUGUCUCUGUGAGUCCGGUGACUACUGGGCCGGUCUUGCUGAAUGUAACUGUGGUGGAGGUGUUCCAGACAUUGACGAAUAUAAGGCUAACUACUACUUGCCAUCUUUCAACGUCACUGCCAAUCACACUUCUUCCCACAGUAGCACUACUAAGGUCUCUACUUCUUCUACUGGUUCUGCUUCCGACAGUGAAACCACUAGUAGUGAAUCUUCUGACACCACCAACGGUGCUGUUGCUCUUGCCGCAGGCUCUCUUGGUUACCUUGCCGCUUUGUUCCUUCUCUAAUUAAGUCUACACUGGACUGUUUCAGGAACGUAUGGUUCUAUAAAAGUAUAUAACACUGCACGGGGUUGCAGUUUUCACGUGGUUUAAUUUUCGAUGUCUAGAAUUAGUAUAGAAGUACUUUUUCAAUAAAACAAACUUUCAAUUCGU